UGGAAGGAAAUAUCGAUUUUUCACUGCCAGCCUUCAUUUUGGAACCUGCGAAUCGCAUACUCUAGCGGGCGUUACGGUAGGGACGCCCUCGUCAGAAAAAUUGCAUUUUUCCUUUAGUCCCCUGAGUGGUGUUGAUUGUUGGUUAGUGAUUGUUAAGGAUAAAGGACAGCCACGCCACACACACGAUGGAGUUGUACGAUUCGGCCCGCUACGGAUCGGUGUUUAACAGCAUCUUCCUGUCGACGGAAUCGUCCGACGCCAGCGAUACGGCGCCAGGAGCUGCAGGAUCGAAAAAGGACACGAAAGCGAAGCUGCUGCUGGAACCGAAUCUGGACCGGUAUGAAAUCGCCUCGAACGCGUCCCGUUUUGCCGUGUACCAUGCGGUGCGGUCCAUUGUGCUGGAACGGGAAACGACGGCACGGGGCACGAUUUCCUCCAUGCGGAUAAUCGAUACGGCACUGGACGAACCGAAAUCCAUCGGCAGCGGGCAGUCGGCUGGUGCGACGCAACGGGUGCCGCAGAUUGUGCUUGCCGGGCUGGACAGUCUGUACGGUAUAAUAGCCGAAACGCGCCAGAGCCAACCGAGAAUAGCGACCAAAGCGCUUCGUUCGCUGUACGACAUACUGCAGGGGCAAGAUCCGGAAGGAAUGCGGCACGAACCGGACGCUGUGUUCGGCCCUCUGUUCGACUUACUGCUGGAACUGUCCACCAUCAACAGUGCUCCGAGUGCUGCCAACGGUGCCUGGUCAUCGCUUGCCUGCUCGACACUGCUGUCCCUCGCCAUAGCGAAAGGCGAUACGGGCCGCAUCGUACGUUCGGUGGCCGCCAUAUUGAUGAAUUCGGUGUACGGUUCCACGAACACUAGCACCACCGCCGGUGGCUCUGUACAGAUGCCGCAAAGUGUCGCAAAGCUGCAACGUACCAUAUUCUCCAUGGCAACGGGGCGUGCUACGAUUGCGGACUACUUUCGCUGCGGUGUACCACGCGGCAGUUUGAUUGGCGAGUUUCGACUGCCACUCGAGUCGUCUGCGGUGCAUUCGGUUGCGUCCGAUGGGAAGUAUCUGUACAUAGUGACGGCGAAAGGUUUGCUGAAAAUUGGGUCCGGGUUUAAUGGUACGCAGGAAGGGCUCAUAUACGGUGCGGUUACCGUAACGAACGCGAAAAACGAGGUGCCUGGAUGGAUCGGUUAUUCUGGGGAGGAUUAGAAAGUGGAAACGAGAGGUUACGGUACUUACGAACACCCUUCCCACUUUCAGGGCAAGUUGUAUUAUGGCCGCAUCAACAAGAUGGCGGUCAACAAUGGUUGGACGUUUCAGCUGUACGAUCCAACAACACUAACCGCCUUAGGAACCGUACAGACGGCACCGAUACCCGCCUUUCAGCGUCGCUAUGGGCAGCUCUUCUCCGACGGUGACGCCAUAUGCUGGCUUGGUGCCGUGUCGGACUCCAUCCGCGAUUCGACCGAUAUGGACGAUCAGGAAGAAGAUAUCCUUGUGGUGAAGCAACUCUAUCCUCCCGCGCCCAGUUCAAGCACUACGACCGGUCCCUCUACACAGAAUGAUCCUCGGCCGGAGCUGCGCCUAAAGUUGGCUAAAAACCGAUACCACACGUACGGUUGGGCAGCGUUUGAGGAAGAUCUCGUUGAUAGCGGGAGUUAUCCGCAACCGCCGGCAGGAUUAGCGCCACCGGUGCUGGACAGUAACCCGACCGGUGCGGGAAUACAAUCGAUUUCCUGCGGUAAAGAGUUUGGCCUGGUGUUGGUUGACGAUGGGAAAGUGUUGUACUGGGGUCGUGGUACUGCAUUGGGCCUCAAAUCAUCCGCCAAUGUGGCCGGAGCUAUAGGAUGUGUGAUGGGCGCCCCGAAAGCUACCGUUUCGAUGAAGCUGAAUGAGCUGACGGCACUGCCGAAGGGAAUCAGCUGCUUCCGGCAGGUUGCUGUGGGUCAUGAAGCAAACCACGGACUACUGCUGACCGCUGACGGGACGGUGUACUUUACCGGUACGGCGAAGCGUGGCGAGGAUGGUGAGCUGGCCAAGACGAACCGCCGGCAGCCGAAAGCUAUCAAACCGAAGCGGUUGAACAAGCUGGACGGACAAACGAUCACGUUCGUUGCCUGUAAUAACGGUACUUCGGCAUUCGUGACGAAGGAUGGCAAACUCAUCAUGUACGGCAAGGACACCAACUACUGCGAACCGAACGGCGUUGUUGGCGGAUUGACCGAUGUCGUUAUACGGAAGGUUGCCCUCGGGAAGGCACAUUGCGUAGCGGUUGAUGCACUGGGACAGCUGUACACCUUCGGGCUCAACAAUAAGGGACAAUGUGGUCGAAAAUUUCAACGUGAGCGAAAUGUGGAUGAAUUGAUGACCACCAAUACAAACAAUCAGUCAACCCCGGGAACGUUACCGAACGGCGGCACUACAACGAAUCAGCCGAACGGGUUGAGCACAACUAGCGCUACAUGUAACGCUUGUCACUCCACACCAUCCUCCGUAGCUAGCGCUGAACCACCGGCAGCUGCGAGUGCAAAGUGCGGCUGCGGAUGUGGAUGCUGCUGUCACUGCGGUAACUCCGGUGCCGGCGGUACUGCAAACCCAAUCUCUUCCACCGAUCCGGAUACACCUCGCAUCGUUCCGGUUCCACCACAGCGCGUAGAUUUACCACACUCCGGCAACGAUCCUAGACGACCGCCGAUCGUAACACAGAUUGCCUGUGGCCAGCAUCACUCGUUGGUGCUUACCGCUGCUGGUGAAGUGUACAGUUUCGGCAGCAACCAGUACGGCCAGCUAGGCACCGGGGAUCUUCAGGCACCACCCGGCGGACGGCCCCAUUUGGUGCGGUUUCCGAACGGUGCCGGGACGGUAGUGUCCGUUGCUGCUGGCAGUAACCAUUCGGUGGUGCUCACUAGCCGUGGCGCUGUCUACACGUUCGGUAACUAUCACAAAGGGCAGCUCGGUCGUGAGGCUCCGGGUGGCGGCAGGUUGGAAAGUGUGAGCGAUGGAAACUUCUUCUGGCACUGUGCGCCGGUUGCGAUCGAUUCGUUCGGGCCGGGAACGGGUCGACGGGCGUCGUUUAUCGCGGCCAGCGGUGAUCAGACGUACAUCAAGGUGGAGGAAUCGCUUAUCAAUGGGGCAGCGUUGGCGAAGUACAGCGUAACGGCGGAUCGAUCGACAAUUUUGCUCAUCCCCAACAACCAGUCCCAUUUGGCUGGCUCAAUAACGAUCGAUCGUCGCACCGGACACUGUCGUGCGCACCGCAUUAACCAGUUCGAUGCACGCGUCGAGCUAACCGGUUCCAGCAUGACCGUGAAAGACGCAUAUCGCCGAAAUCGUUGGCAUUUUUCAUUCACACUUGAUCCGUUGUUUAAUGUGCUGUGGGGUUACGAUGCCAUCCGGAAGCGCAUGCUGAUCUUCAACCCGAUCGCAUCGGAACUGUGCCGUCGCAAGCCGAAGCGUAAACAUCCACCACCGAACCAGCGUAGUACUGGCCACGAACCGGCCCAACCGUACCAAACGGACGGUGACAAGAGUGAUCAAGCUCGUUACGGAACGCACGAGACACUUUCGGUGUUGAGCCCCGAAAUAGCUCUGCCACAGCGAUGGAGCGGUUGUGAAGUGCCUCGGUUUCAGCUUGCGCUCAAUUUGCUGGCCUGUUUGGAUGUGCUGACUGAAGCUACGGAGCGGCUAGGGGCAACCGGUCAGUGGCCCCCGUUCGAGCCGACGCUAGAUGGAUCAGCUACCGGUGCUGGUGGGUCCUCAUCAUCGCCACUGGACGGGAAUGUGAAUGUGAAUGCAUCGGAUUGGUUUACGGGAUCCAGAAAUGGUGGAGCGGCUGCGUUUGGCAGCGGAAGCGGUCGACAGGUGAAGCUUUGCGAUCUUGCUCCCGAAGACGAUCCGCAGGAGGAAGAUCUUCCCGAACAUCGGUCGGUACUGCUAACGCCCACCUUCGGGUCGGGCAGUAUCGACGAGGAGGUACCGGUAAUCCCCAUGCUGAAUCGUUGGAACAUUGGCAACGCGGAAGCAGCAAGCAAUGGCUUUGCGGUCCCGAACCUUGCCAGCGAGAGCAGAUUUCCGUUCCGUACUGGACGUGCUAAGGGACCAACGAACGGAGUCGCUACGGCCAAUGUACAGUAUCGACGAAAGAAGGCAGGUGCCGGAGGUUCCAGUGGAGUUAGUGGCACUGGUGGUGGUAAUAGCCACACGCUUAGCAGCUCCUGCACGGAAGACAGUGCGGUGACGCUGUGUCCCAUCUCACGUCGCUUUGCGACGGGUGUUAAUCGUGAAACGUUCGAAUCGCUAACCGCGUUGCUAAGCUGGGCGUGGAAUGCGUUCCGUAACCUUUCCGGCGAGCAAAAGAAGGGUUCCGGCGGUGGAAUGAAAACGUUCACUACCAAUCCGAUGACUACGAACAAUGCUGGACUGAUCGGGGAAGCAAAGCUCAUCGUUCGACUGUCGUUCAUCUGUCGAGUGUGUCUCCGUUUGUUGCGUCGCUACUUGAACGCCAUUUACCAUCCAACUGGAUCUCGCUCGAACGAGGACGAUGCUGAUGCGAACAUCGACGAUCAAUUGCGAUCAGAUUUUGUAAAUCCCUUCGGUACGCCCCAUCAAGCUACCUGCUCACCGAUGUCCUCGUCCACGGUUCAUCCGAUGGCAGCUUCGAUGUCCGGGAAUCAUCAGUCAUUGGCGAUGGCGGUGGUUGAAAUUCGUACGCUUCUGAUCGACAUCUUGGCCGACCGCGUUACACUCCCCGUAAUGGAACGUACCAUGAGACGGCGAGUAUGCAAAGCCAAGCGCGAAGUGCUGGCCGAAUGUCACCGUACCUUCGUGCGGUGUUUUGACAUAUUUUACCCAACGCCACAGUUGAAAUGGGAAGUCCUGUGCAGGCGGCUGCUCCUGCUGCGUGAAGCAGACCCUGGCGGGAUUCAUGUCGGGGUAAAACCGCACGUAGACCGUUACCGCUACAGUUACGGUUCGUCAAAUAGUGGUAGUACCGAACGAUGCUCGGGGGGUCGUCUACUGCUGAGCGCAAUCCUUGCCGGGCUCUGUCAACCUUCCGUUAAUCUGCGUGUUACAUUCUCGAUACUGAUGGCCCCGGCACAAUCGGCACCGGGUGCAGCAGCGUCAUCCAGCUCCAGCCGUCCGCAGUCGACCAGCUCGGGAGCGCUAAUGAUUUCCCGGAACCGUGACCUUCUGGCUAGUUUGAUCGAACAGAUGACAAGUACGGUGGGUGCGUCAAAUGCGGCAGAUACUGUGGGACAAUCCGGUGGUAUUUCGCAUCUGCCCGACUGGCACUUCCGGGAUGUGCUGGAAUUGUUGCUGGAGCUCGUUGCGGAUCCGGUGCGCAGAAAGCUCGAUCGAAUCGGUCGUCAUCGUCGGCGGGGUAGUAGUAGCAGUGGCAGUAGCAACAGCAACACCAGCAGUGCAAGUAGCUGCCGCAGUAGCGAAGGUGUCGACUACGACUACGAGCUCGACGAUGAUGAGGCGACGGAUUUGGCAGACGGUGGUGGUGAGCCUUUCGCACGGGAUGAUUACGAUAGUGAGCACGUGGCAGACGGAGGCAAAGGAUGGCCUCGCAACGAGUAUCUCGCCGAAGGUGACAGCGAUGGAGAGGAUGAUGAUAGCGAGCAGGACGAGUGUCAGGAUGACGAUCAAAAUCAGGAGCGACUGCUGAUCCGUAACGGUUGCCGUCUGCUGGCGAAGCUACUGUCGGAAAUCAUUCACCAUGGAUGUGAUCCGGUGGAUCGCGAGCGGGGUGAUCGUGGCGAUUCGGAGGAAGCGGCUCAACAACCCGCAACGGAUCUGAUGGUACCACCGCUAGCACCGAUGGGUGGUAGCAAUCGGCUUUUCAGUACGGGCAGUCGGUUCGGUAAGGUGGAUCUGGGCAAGACUUGGAAUACGGGCAACUUUGGACCGGACGCGAUUGCAUUUACCGUAGAUCGGUCGGGCAUUUCGAUUGUGGGCGCAUGUGUUUAUUCCGGUUCGGGAAGUUACGAGUAUCAGCUGGAACUGCUGUACGACAGUCAUCACUCUACCCAUUCCCAUACCUACUCCCAUUCGCACCGUUGGGAAGUGCUGGAAUCGAUCGUUGGAUCCUACGAUCAAACCGCCGUACGGCAGCAUAUGGCCGAGCUUCGCUUUAAUCGCGCCGUGCAGCUGAAGGAGAACCAUCGUUACGCUUUACGGCUGUGCAGCCAGGGUGCGCGAACUCUUUCCGGCGAUUGCGGACAAUCGUCGCUUCGUGGACCGUGCGGUACGGUAACGUUCCGUUUCUAUCCGUGCGAUUUAAGCUUCAACGGUACAACACCCGCUCGCGGGCAGAUACCGGCCAUCCUGUACUACUGCACACCGGCAGGAGGCACCUCAGGAUUUCCGCAUGGUGGGAUGAACGUUGGCAGUGGCCGAGAGUUGGGCAACUGUCGAACGCAGGCACGUGAUCUUGCGCUGGAAGUAGCCCGCGCAAUCGUUGGUCGCUGUAGGGAGCUGCUAACCGUCGCUCACGAGCUAGCACUGUGGACAUCCGCUUCGCCGGGAAUGCGUGCACCAUCUUCGUCGGAAACGUCCUCAACGCCUUCGUCAUCUGCCUCGUCCGGGGUGGUUGGUAUCGGGGGCGCUAGUGGUGUGAUUGGAGGUGGUGCUGCCGGUGGCGUGGUUGGUGGAGGUGUUGCCAUCGACUCGGAACACAACAUAACACCGAUCGAGGAACACCUAGACGUGGGCUCGACAGGUUUGGUCGGUGUGAUCUCCUCAAAUGCAGCUGCUACCACGAUUGAGCGUACGCGUCGAACGAUCGGCAAGGUGCUCCCGAAAGGACUGCUGGAAACGCUGCGUGGAAACAGUGGUAGCGCCGGAGCAGGCAUUUCGGCCGGAACUCCUUACGAUCCUUACGAAAUCGAUUCCGCGUCAGAGGCGACGGUGGGUGGAGUUGUUAGUGGUGGUGCCGGUAUCGGAAGUGCGGGAAGCGGUGGCGCCGAAAGUGGAAGUGGCGGUGGAAUGUCGGCAGCCAACGGUAAUGAAAUGGAGUUGCCGGCUGGUGGUGGUGGUGGUGCUGCAAUGGUGCUAGCGGUCCCGAUUCGCAAGCGAACCGUUUGGGAUCUGUUCCGAUCGCGUGCAACUCGAUCCCCGUCGGUCGUGAACUGUCUGUUCCGCUAUCUGCUACCACUAACGCUCGCCCAGCUCGAACGCUGCAUUCGAAUGGAUUUGAAGGUUUCGGUCGAGGUACUGUCGAUGGUGCAGGAGAUUCUUCCACCAAUCACAGCGCUGAACGAAUUGCGACGUCAACGACACGUCGGGAAGUGCUUCACGCAUAUGUCCAACAGUGGUGCGCAUGGUGGAACGACGAUCACCUCCUCCGCAACCAGUAUGAACACGACCAGUCCACACUACUGCAUCUUGGAGAGUGAUCAUCCGUACAAAACGGCAGGUCUUACCGCGUACCGCGUACGGUUUCCGGCAACGGUGCGUUGGAUGUGUCUCACCUUCGAUGCUCAGAGUGGUACGGUGCAGGAAGAAGAUCGGGUGAAGGUUAAGAUUCCGAACCGGCGCGGUGGAGAACGUGCCGGUAGCACGGGCAACGAGAAGGACUCUUUGGAUGAUUGGUGCACGGUACGAAUGUAUAACACUCCUUCGCGUUGGGCUUACGGUGGUCCGGGCCGGGCGAUGGUUCUGCCAGGCCGGGAGGUUGAACUAUCGCUCGAAUCCUGCUCGACGUACGUCAACGAACCGAAACAGCAGUCGUACGGGUUCAAGUGUUUAGUGAUUGGAUAUGAGAAUGCAGAUCAAGUACCUGCAGGCGAGCACGUGGAUGCGCACCAAGCCAUGGUGGAUGGUGGCGGUGGAACUGCUGGAGGAACUCUGAUCGCUCUGGAGCAUGAGCUGGCACACCUCGGUGGACGUUGUGCUCGUAAUCUUUUGCGCAAGGAGUUACGCUUCGAUGACGAUCCAGACGAUCGAUUGACGGAACCGGAGGCGGCCACACUGGAGCGCUAUGGCAAUACGCUGCUUGCGAAGGGCUUGAUGGUACCGGAUGCCAUGCUGACUAUACGCAAUGCUCUCGACUGUCAUCUGCCCGUGCUGGAAAAGAAUUAUGAAAAACAGUUCCUGCGUGACUUCAUCUACGUUGCGGCCGGAUCACCUGGUGCACGUUUGGCCGCCUGGUUGCAGCCCGAAUCCCGGCUAGAUCCAAGCCGGUGUGAAAUUAAGAUCAUCUCGCCCCAAACGCCACCCCUGCGAGCCGGCUGGCCAUCACACUUCCGGCUGGAAACGCGUGACCAGUACGGCGAAGAAAUAUUUGUCCCCGGCAUAAAGAUCGAAGUAAAAGCAUCCCUGCGCCGUGACACAUCAGUUAACGCAAUCACGCCAAAAGUGUCGCCCGGUACACCGACCACCACCCCACCGUCCGUGCCGUACGAGCCAACGUACAAAGAGAAGGAGAAGAGCUGCCUGCAGGCAAUCAGCGCCAUGCGCCCGUAUCACGGCUACUCGUUCGAAGAGUUGCGCCUGUACGCGGCAAACAUGAGCAGUGCCAGCAUCACGACGGCCGCCACCACGGAAAUCUUAACGGCCAAUGAUUUGGGUAAAAAUAAGUACGGCUUCGUCUGGACGCCGAUGGUGGCGGGCGCGUACGAGCUGACGCUACAGAUCGACGGUGUGCCGGUGGUGGUGGAGGAUGAGGAAGAAAUUUACCGACUGGAAGUGAUCGACGCGGGCGGUGCUGGAGCUGGUGGUGGUGGUGGUGGCGGAGGUGCCGGAGGCACGUGUGCCGGCGGAAGUGGUGCAUCCGGUGGUUUGCCGAAGAUGCUUGGUUGCGAGAAGGGUAUGCCGGGCGGUGGUGGGCAAGGCCUGAAGAAGGUACACCCACCGACGAAGCUGCGUAAAUUCUUGGCCAAGAACUCGGCUGGAUUACGCGUGCGUUUGCAUCCGACGCUACAAUCGGAACAGAUCGGCGUGGUUAGACCGAAUGGGAUCGUGGCCUACGGAGAUGAGCUUGAGAACGACGACGGAGUUUGGGUGCGUCUGACUGCGGAAUCGAUUCGUGAGCACUGUCCUGCAUCUUGGUUCCCUGUCGAAGCGUGGUGCCUGCAGUACAACCAACAUUUGGGCAAAACCCUUCUCCAUCCCAUCGUGGACACUUGCUCAACGAAGGUGAUGCUGGAGCAUACAACUGCGAAAGAGGAACCAUCCGUUGCUGACACGGUUGAGGACAUCGAGGCGGACGAUUGUGAGGGAGAGGGCGAAGAGAACGAAAACACUAUAAACUAUGGCGAUUUCCGGAAGGCGGCAACCGCAGCUCUGUCCGAAGUUGUCGGCGGUGGAGCUAAGGCACUCCAAAAAUGGUUCCACCGGUCGGGGACUGAAGGUGGUUCGUUUGUGGAUGAAGCUGGUCAAACGAAAUCACCUCACCAUCCAUCCGCUAGUCCUACACAGCAGCUGCAGCAGCAGCAACAGCAGCAACAACAGACAAACGUCCAGCAGCAGCAAGAUCAGCAAUCCUUCCACCAGCAGCAUCUCCCAAAGCGUGCUCUUUCGCCCUCGGUAGCGGAAACACUGCGUGCCGUAUUUGCGGCAUUCCUGUGGCACGAGGGCUUGGUGCACGAUGCGAUGGCCUGCGCUUCGUUUCUUAAGUUUCAUCCAACCAUUUCGAAGACGGCUGGGAUCGGAAUCGGUGGCGCAGGACCUGUUGGGCAUGGCACUCAGUCAGGCGAGCUGCCCAUUCCGGCUGUGUUGACCCGCGAGCAGAAAGUGUUGCAACGCCACUCGGUGGAGUUUUCGAAUGCCACGCUGGACGCACUGGAACGCAGCGGUAAUCGUUGCAUUAUGAAUCGAAGGUAUCGCGCCAUCGGUGCUGGGUUCUAUAUCCUCGAUGGUGGUGGUGGUGGACCUUCGUCUACGAUCGUUUCGAAUACGGUUCCACCGGUUGCCUUGCGCUGUUUGGUACAUCUGUGGGAUCAGUUGGGUUCCAAUUUCGUGCAGCUUGUAGAAACAAACUCCAACGACAAGCGAAACGACGAUGGACACGGUGGGAAGGAGUGUGGCUCGCAGACAACAACGGCGUCGAGCACGGGGACCGUUGUCCCGCCGGCAGGUGGAGCACCGAUAUCGGCUAGCAAGAGUGGCUUAACUCUAGCAGCAACGGCCGGUGCGGGAACGACCACGACUACACCAGCACCUUCCAAUGGUGCUUCUGCUCCGGACGGUAGUUACUGCGAACUUUGCCGCACCGUCCUACACUCAAUUCCCGUGACGUAUCACAUGCGAUUAGCCCAUCCAGGCUGUGGACGUCCCGCAGGCGGACAAGGCUACAACUCCAACGGCGUGUACUGCGAAGGAUGGGCCGGAGACUGUGGAGAUGGUGGACAUGGUGUGUCCAGCUGGUAUCUACUGUGUGAAGCAUGCCGUAAGCGAUACGAAGGAACCACUCCCGUCCCGCUCGGUCCCGUCGGUCCUCAGACGGCACUGGCUGCAGCUGCGGAGCGAAGAAAUGAACCACCACGGUCGACACUGCCCUCGGAGCUGUUUGCAAUGAUGAAGGAAAAUGCUUUCUUCCUGCUGGAUCUUGCUCCGGUAGAAUCUUCGGCUUGUAGCGGCAGCACAGCGGGAAGUAGCGAAGCAUCCCUUACGGAGGUAACAGACGCAUCGGAAUGGCCCACUCCGCCAGAUCGACCCGCUUGCUUGGGAACGUUUGUGGACUCUGAAGCAGCCCAACAGACAGCAUCUCGUUUCCCCAACGAUGGUGGUGGCGGUGGUGGUGGCCCGGGAAGCUUUCUUCCUGUGACGGGUGGUAAGUUCCAUCGCAGUGUUUCGAUGGGACAGGGGGCAGGACCGUCGGUGGUACUACGUCGCCGACAGCGCCGUGAAGAUGAGCGUUCCGAUGCGAACCUCUUGAACCACCCAUCGGAGAAUCUGCGCCGAUUGGUUCCGUUGGACGUUGGUGUGCCGGUUGGCGGAGGUAUGGGGGAAGUGGGCAGCAACGGUGGCGGUACCCAGGUUGGGCUUCUUGGUCGACCGGCCAUGGUAUUCAUCUUGGAGCGACACAAUCUGGAACGGUUGCGUCGAUUGCUCAUACGCCAGUUGCGUCGAUCGCUCUGCCACCGAUACAGUCUGCAAGGAUUUAACUGGCUGCUGCGACAGCUCACGGAACCGAUCGGGCUUCACGACGUUAUGUGGUGGUUUGUGUCCGCGCUUACCACCAGUGAGGUGGAUGUCGAUCCGACCGAUGCCGAUUCUGAGCUCGGUUUGGAGCAUCCAGCCAUCAGUUGCGAAGGUCACCUGGGACGUGGGAUUUCUCGAGCCCUGCACGCCUACCUAUCGACCGUGUCCGAGCUGACGUUGCACUUUCCACUGGGAUCCCCGCUACAGCGGAUGGCAGUGCAGUGCUUCGGUUUGCGGUUUGUACCAUCCGAUCAUCAGUUCCUGCAUCGGGUGAAUGUUUUCGGCAAUAUAUCGCGAAUUCUCUCAAAAUCUGAGGAGGAGGAAGAAAGAGCCCUCGAGACACAGUCGGUGCGUGAUCAUCUGCUGGGCGUCACCGAUGAAGCUCCGAUCGAAAUUACGCUCUUUCAAGAUGUUACCGAUCUGUAUGAGCUCACCGUAUCGUCUCGCCCAGCACUCGCACAGGCACUGUUGGACAACUCGACCGAAACGUUCUGGGAAAGUGACGAGGAGGAUCGUGGCAAACCGAAGACGAUCGAGCUGAUUCCAAGCGUUCGAGCAGGAUCGUCGGCUCCCGGCUGUCAGCUAACGCUGAUUGCUGUUCACGUGGACAACAGUCGAGACGUUGCGUGCAAAGUAACAUCGCUACUGCUUUACGGCGGAUCACACUUGAACAGCGUCACAGGAACAGGAGAGCUAUCUUUGCUUCGUACGAUAGAGAUCGAUCCGGCGGCCUGUGCCUGGCAAACGGUUCCAAUCUCGUCGAGCGGAAAUUCCGGCGCUCCCGGAAGUGCUGCCAGUGGACACUACCGUCUAGAAAUUCGAGGUCCCGACGCAACGCUACGCAUUCGGCAGGUGAAGCUUUACGGAACGCGAUCGGGAAAUCCAGCAGCUUCAGCGGUUUCAUCUGCUGUACCUUCGCUUCCAACACCACGCCAGGUCCAAUCACGCCUGUGUGAACAGGAAACACUUCGCGUAUUUCGCCUACUAACUGGACAAGUGUUUGGCAAGCUGCUGGAGGAAACUUCCACACUUAUCGGUAAUCCUGCCAAUGGUGGAGCUGGCAAUGGUGGCGGAGCUAACGUGAAUACUAGCUCUGGGGAGGCUUGCAGUACGGAACUGUCCCCACUUCCAUCACUUUCCGAAUCCAUACACGAUCUUCGUGAGCAUGCGGUCGGCAUACUGUUCAGCCGCCGUAAGCUAAGCCACCUACAGAAGCAAAUCAUCGUACACGUAGUGCAGGCGAUCGAACGCGAAACGGUGAAGGCACGUGACGCGUGGGAACUGCUGCUGAAUGGAGAAGCGAAUGUCCCCACAACAUACAACGAUGCGUACUGCUUCGAGAUGCUCAGUAUGGUCCUUGCGCUCUCGGGAAGUUCCGUUGGACGCACCUACCUAUCGCAACAGCACCAUCUCCUGAAAGACUUGCUGUCGCUUGCUCAUACGGGUAGUGAUCGCGUCCAGCGGCAAGUCACUGCCCUUAUCCGGCGGAUUCUUCCCGAGCUUCCCUCCGAUAAUGUUCCUCACACCAAUGCGGACAGUGGCGUUGAUACUGAUUCCGAAGCGUUGCUAGACGUAUUGUUAGCGUUAAUAGCGAAAUCACUCCAGGUGCAGGUUAAAGUAAAGAAUGGCUCAAACGGAGGGCACCAGCAGCAGCAGCAGCAGCAACAUUCACAUCAAACUGCCCCACCUUCAUCGGCCGGAACUAGUGUCGUUAGUUUGGCGAGUGUAACAGCAUCCUCGCCGGACACUCUUACCACCGGAACUGGAAGUGUUAGUCGGCUGCAGCGCUACCGUUGGUAUCUGCGUGGCUCGAUCGCAGCUAAGCAGGCGGAGAGCAUUAUCGCUUUGGUGCGUGAUAUGGCCAGCGGUAAGCUGUCCGAACGGUGGGCUACCGCAUGCCGGUCGGCUGUAGCUAGUUGCCUUUUAAACGUUACCCAACUCGAGGAGGAGUUCCGUCGCAGUGCGGAUGCUUGCAUUUGUACUGCCACGCUUUGGUUGGCGAUGGCGGCUCUCUGUGUUAUUGAUCGCGAACAAAUAGAUCGACUGUCUUCCAACCAAUGGCACCGACAAUCGGAAUCCAACCGGCCACUGUGUAGUAACCACGAUGAUGAGGUAACGUACGCCGUCCUCAACUGUGCGCUCUGUGGAUCGCUUUGUGCGGAUUGUGAUCGGGUGCUGCAUCUGAACCGACGCACUAGAAAUCAUCAUCGAGCGGUGUGCAAGGAGGAACAGGACGCGAUCCGUGUCGAACUGCACGAAAGCUGUGGACGAGCGAAACUGUACUGGUUAUGGGCGGUGGUAGAUUCGCGCACGCUCAAGGGUAUGCUCGAGUUUCGCGGGCACGAUCCGAGCGCCGGGUGCAGCACCGUACCGGUCACCGCGACCGGUGUUGGCGUGUGCCGUUUCUGUGGUGCUACGGGUAGCAGCGGUCUGCUGGCACUGGGCAACAUCUGUCCCGAUGCCCAGUGCCAGGAGUAUGGUGCGGUGUCCUGCACCAAGGUCCACCCUCGCUGCGGGCACGCGUGCGGUGGCAUUAUCAACGAGGGUCAAUGUCUGCCGUGCCUGGUGCCGAACUGUCAGUCCGAGGGUGGAGAGGCGGGCGGCCAGUACGCGGGCAGCAGUGUGCAGCCCCGGCUGACGCAGGAUGGUGAGGACAUGUGCAUGAUCUGCUUCACGGAAACACUCGGCACGGCACCGUCGAUACAGCUGCGGUGCGGUCACGUCUUUCACUACCACUGCUGCAAAACCGUCCUUAUGCGACGGUGGAACGGUCCAAGGAUCAGCUUUGGCUUUGCGCAAUGUCCGAUCUGCAAGGUGGACAUUGAGCAUCCGUCGUUGGAACCGUUCCUGGCGCCGAUCGUCGCAUUGCGACAGGACGUCAAGCGGAAGGCGCUGAUGAGGCUUGAAUAUGAAGGACUAGCCAAAGCCGUGACUGCCGACGGAACCGAUCCUACACGGUACGCAAUGGAGCGAUACGCGUACUACGUUUGCAGUCAGUGUGGCAAGGCGUACUACGGCGGCGAAGCACGUUGCGAUGCCGAGCUGGGCGAAAACUUCAACCCGCAGGAACUGGUGUGCGGAGGUUGCAGCGAUGUGUCCAAGGCAAAGAUGUGUCCCAAGCACGGUAUGGAUUUUCUCGAGUACAAGUGUCGCUACUGCUGCUCGGUGGCGGUAUUUUUCUGCUUCGGAACAACCCACUUCUGCGACACCUGUCACGACGAUUUCCAGCGCUUGACCAACCUGCCGAAAGGCAAGCUACCGCGCUGUCCCGCAGGUCCGAAGGCGACCCAACUUACCGGCGAAGAAUGUCCACUGCACGUUGUUCAUCCUCCGACGGGGGAAGAGUUUGCGUUGGGCUGCGGCAUUUGCCGCAAUGCGCAAACGUUCUGAACGAGGGCGGGAAGGUGUCAGAAUCUACCACAAGACCAAGCUUCUUAACCUUGCUACUACUGCCACUGCACAUUCGGCACGCUUUGGCGCAAUUUUUCCGCUUCUGGAAUUUCGGUCAAAACCGGAGGACGAUGGUGGUAGGAUAUAUCAAAUAACGAACGAGCCCACAAUAUACGGUGUAGCUAGGAUACGAGAAGAGUAAAAUUGCCGUAAGUAAACACACACAAACACACAUUUUAUACUCACACACACACAUUAACCUGCUAUGAUUAUACAUUCUAAAGUAAGAAGAAAAACAAAAUGGCGGACAUGAUCCUGUUUGCUGAUUUCCAUGAUUAUGAAAAGAGAUUGAUGAGUGAUUUAAAAAAAAAAAAAACGAUAUCGUAUCAUUCCACGCGUAAAUUGAUAUUUUUGUGUUAUGAUAUUGAGCCAGCUAGAUGCUUAAGAGCCUGCGAUAUUGCUUAUGACCAGUUCCUUUUUGCCAAAGAAUCUGUCUAGUCAAUUUAAUUUAAUCUCCUAACGUAGUGGUCAUAAUAUAGUCCAACAAGUCCAUCCAUGAGAACAUUCACGAAAGCAAGCUAACCAGCUCUUCUAGGACAUUCCCAACCCCUAAUCGGCUGAUUAUUAUGAUUAUGAUUGGUAUGAUGAAAUCCCGAAUGAUAUUGAUGAAACGUGGAUAUGAUUAAUUUUAAUAAAAACAAACCAUUUGCUAGUCAAUUGUGCUACAUAA